AUGCCAUCACAACCAAGGAACAUCAAUAGAAAUCUGUCCUUCAACAACCCAAGUCCCAUCAGACCUCCCAUGUCUCAGAUCAGACCCCCGCCACCACCAUCAGACCCGCCACCAGAGGACCAGCCAACUGUAGGGAUCAGACCACCUUUUGGCAUCAAACCACCUGUCCCCAUAAGCAAACCCAAGCCCAAGAAACCACAAAAAAUGUUUAACUGUGUGCAGAUUUUAAUUGUCGGUCUUUCCCUCAGCUAUAAUGCCAUGGAUUCUGACGAGAUGAGCUUCAGUGCAGGGGAUGUCUUGAACCUGGAGAAAGAAGACCCAAGUGGAUGGUGGACCUGCAGCAAGGCGGGACAUGAAGGCCUCUGCCCGGGGAACUACCUGGAGAAGAUAUAG